CACUCUGCUGUUAUCAUUCAGCUUAGGAUCGCCAGCGUCAUCAGCAGCGCAGGGACUGUCCUUUGGGGCCGGCAAAUCUGUAUAGUACGGGGCAUGAAGAUGAAACCUUGGUCCUGGUUCUUGCCACUGCUGUUCUCCCUCCCUCCUUUGGCCUCUGCAUGCCCCUCACCCUGCAGCUGCAGUGCUGGCAUUGUGGACUGCAGCUAUCAUGGCCUGCUCACCAAGUCCCUGCCGGCUUCAUUUCCCUCUUCCACACAAGUGAUCCGACUUGAAAAGAACAACCUCAUUUCAAUUCCCAAUGGUCUCCUGGACAACCUGCCAGACAUUCGGGAGGUCUACUUGCAGCAUAACCCUUGGCACUGUGACUGCGACAUCAUGUACCUGCGCAGCUGGCUGCAAGGGCAGCAGAAGAGGGGACUGUAUCGUGAUGUCACUUGUGUAACUCCUGAGCCAAUGAAGGGCAGAGUUAUCAUGUACCUGUCUGAGGAUGAACUUGUGACCACCUGUCAGUACUGGUACUGUAACCUUGCCCUGGUCUCUCAGUUCUGCCUUUUUAUUUUCAUUGUAGUACAGGGCGUCCUGCUCAUCUUUGUCAUUCUUUCUCUGCAUCGCUUCCAGAGGAUUGCCAGGGAGGCACGGCGUACAGCCAAAGAACUGCAGCAGCACUCUGAAACCUACGUCUAUAGCAACUCGCCAUUAUCCAACUAUGAUCGGACAUAGUGACAAUGACAAUUUACAGACAAAUUCUUUAAAUAAAUAAAUAAAAUAAAAAUUAGUACACACACAUAUACAUUCAUAUACCCUUGUACAUAAGGUUGUCCUCUUAUUAGGCAGAGGAGCACUGUUCAGAGGUCGGUUAGUUGAAACUUAGCCAACAAAAUAGAAGACUUUGGCACUAGAGAGAUUUAGGGAUGAAGGGAUUCAGCUACCCUUGCAUCGAAUCCUGUAUACAGUAAUGAAGAAGAUGCUAUUCUAGUUGUGUUUUAAUGGUGAAUUGUAUGAUGUACAGUAUGUAAAGUAUAUUGUUGUGCAGUGAUUCUCUUCUGCCAAAGAGUUUGACAUUGAAAGGCCCAACGCUAUAACCUGCAAUAGCACUUGGACGGCCAAUCAGCCUAAUGCCUGUUCUCUGGAUGCUCCUCUCCUUGAAUUGUGCUGCUUCAUCUGAUCACAGCCAUUAAGGGACAUCACAAUAGUACAACCACAGGUAAAUAACUGGCUGGAGUUUGUGAUGGCAAUGCCAUGUGCACUGGAGUCUUUUAGUAAGAGGAUUGCAUAAUGGAAUGUGUGUGAAAUACAGUAUCUGAAGGACAGUUAACGUUUAACCAUUAACAUAUUCGUUUUCUACAUACAGUGUGUAUGGGUGAUUGUAA